AAGUGACGCACCUGUGAGGUCGGAGAUAAUAUGGCGGCGCUUCUGAGAGGACUGCGGGCUGGAAGGGUCCUCCGAGGGCUGAGCAGCGUGGUCGCCGCGCCAACAACUAACCCUCAGUUAAGCACCUUGAGACGAGGCUUCCACUGUGCAGCUCUGAGGCUGCAGGACGAAUCCAAAUCUGACAAAUCCACUUCUUUUUCAUCAUCGGCCUCCUCAUCCAACCAUGAGCAUUACCAGGCUUACUCAGCCGAUCAGAACACACAGGCAGAUUUCCAGCAUGAUUCUGAUCCAACAGCAGAGGGGACAAACAUUGGUGACCAGGGGCAGGACGAGGGGUAUGAGACAGAGGAGCAGCUGCAUGCUCGACUCUUGACUGCUGCUCUGGAGUUUGUCCCGCAGCACGGCUGGUCUAUGGAAGCUAUUGCAGCCGGUGCAGAGUCUCUGGGUUUGUCCUCGGCUUCCACUGGUAUGUUCUCCAACGGAAUGGGAGAUUUGGUCCUACAUUUCAUCGCCCAGUGCAACGCCAAUCUGACAGAGAUUCUGGCUGAACAACACAAUCAGGUCCAGCAGGGCCAGGUUGAACCAAAGCAGACUGCAGAGUUUCUAAAAGAUGCAAUAGAGACCCGACUGCGGAUGUACAUCCCCUACAUUGAAACAUGGCCACAGGCGAUGAGCAUCUUGCUCCUUCCUCACAACAUCCCUGACAGUCUGAAGCAUCUGUCCACCAUGGUGGACGACAUCUGGUACUACGCCGGAGACCGGUCCACAGAUGUGAGUGGAUCCUAUCAUCCACGGUCCCCAUUUUCUUCUGCUCACAGCUUCUUGUCCCCCUUUCAUCAACACCCCAACAAUAUCCGGCCUGCUACUGCCCAGAUGAACUGGUACACCAAGCGGGCUGCACUGACUGGCAUUUUUAACACUACAGAGCUAGUAAUGCUUCAGGAUUCCUCCCCAGACUUUCAGGACACGUGGCAGUUCCUCGAUAAUCGUAUUAAAGAUAUAGUCAACAUGGCCACCACAGCCAAGCAGGUGCAGGCGACUGGUGAAGCCGUAGUGCAGGGGUUCAUGGGAGCUGCUGUCACACUGAAGAACCUGACAGGACUGAACCAGAGGCGAUGAUGUAAACAUAUGUCAUACUGGGCCUAAACAUUUGGCUCAUGAGCUGAAGAUCAAUUUAUUUUGCUCUUUUUUUUUUGUUUUAUUGUAUGAUGUGGCUCAUAAACAAAUAAAUUAUGGGGUGUAAGAAUUAACAAACAACCUGAUUUGUUAGAUUGUCACUGCCUUUAUGGUCAUCUGCAGAAUCAUUGGCUUUCACCUAUUUAGCUUUGCUGUUAAGGUUUUACCUAUUAGAUUUUUGUCUUGUAAAAAAGUAUAAUAAAAUAUGUAAUUUGUUUGUGGCACUAUAUGACAAUAAAAUAGUUACUGUAUA